GGAGAUAAUUCAAGUGGAGAAUGGUGAAACAAGUACUCCAAAAAAGAAAGUGACACAAUUAAAAGCACCAUAUGCAGGGAUGGUAUUUAACACAAUGGAAGAAGCAAGAAACUAUUAUGAAGAGUAUGGCCGGCAAGAAGGAUUCUGGAUUAGAACUCGAUCUUCCUCCAAGACAAGAAGGCGUUUAGAUGAGGUAACGAGUAGACAAUUUGUUUGUGCACAUGAAGGAAAAUACGUGCCCAAAAAUACAUCACAGAAGGCUUCAGAAGAGAAUGAUGAGAGAAACUUAAGUGAGAUUGAGAAUAUGAAGAGAACGGGUAAAAAUUGUUCUACGGUGAAAUGUGGAUGCAAAGCAAGUAUGCGAAUUAAGCUUGAUAGAUGGUCAAACAAAUGGAAAGUUUCAAGUUUCCAAGACUCUCACAAUCACAAGCCAGUUACACCGGAAAGAAGAAUGAAAAUGAAGUCAAAUAGGGUUAUGCCGAAAGCAGCUAAAAUUCUGACUGAAACAUUUCAUGAAGAAAAUUUGCCAAUAGCAAAAGUUCCUUCAAUCCUUGGUGGCCCGCAUAUUGGUUUUAACAAUAGAGAUUGUUAUAACCACUUGAGAAAUGUCCGACAUAGACAACUGGAUGGAGGUGAUGCACAGUCAGUUCUUACUUACUUUAGGAAGAAGCAAGCUGAGAAUCCUCAAAUUUGUUUUUAUGCCAUUCAAUGUGAUGAAAACGGAAGGGCAGCUAAUUUCUUUUGGGUGGAUGCUCGAUCACGCAUGGCGUACCACUAUUUUGGAGAUGUAGUCACAUUUGACACAACCUAUAGGACAAACAAGUAUGAUAUGCCAUUUGCACCAUUCACAGGAGUAAACCACCAUUUGCAAUCAAUACAAUUUGGAUGUGCACUUUUACAAGAUGAGACAGAGGUGACAUUUUUGUGGUUGUUUGAGACAUGGCUUGAAGCAAUGGGAGGACGUCAUCCAGUUUCCAUUAUUACUGAUCAAGACUUGGCAAUGAAAGGAGCAAUUGCCAAGAUUUUUCCUAACACUCGCCAUCGGUUAUGCCUUUGGCAUAUUAAGAAGAAGUUUGCAGAAAAAUUGUCACAUGUGUACUUCAAGAAGUCCAAAUUCAAAAUUCAGAUGAAGAAAUGUAUUCGGUCAACAUACAAGAUAGAGGAAUUUGAAGAAAAGUGGAAGGAAUUGAUGAAAGAAUGUGAAUUGGCUAAUGAUGACUGGUUGAAUAGUUUAUAUGAUAUACGUUCUUCUUGGGUUCCUGUUUAUAAUCGUGACAUAUUUUUUGCAGGAAUGAACACUACUGGACGUAGUGAGGGUAUUAAUUCUUUUUUUGAUGGAUUCGUUACACCGACAAUAAAUCUUAGAGAGUUUGUUGUCAAAUAUGAGCAAGCAUUAAAGAGGAUCAUGGAUAGAGAAAGUGAUGAAGAUUUUGAAUCAGAACACAAGUAUCGCAUUGUGAAUGAAGGAGAAUUCCUUUUGAAACACGCAGCGAAGUUUUACACUAGAAAUGUUUUCAACAAGUUUAAGGAUGAAUGGAGUAAAGUUACUCUCUACAAAGUUGAAGAAAUUCCAUGUGACAACGAAUAUCAUGCAUACCUAGUGAAAACAAAACUUGGAGAGCAUGAAGAGUUUGUGGUGAAGUUAAAUUUACAAACAUACAAAGGUAUGUGUGAAUGCCAAAAUUUUGAGUUUGUUGGAAUACUUUGUCGACAUUUGUUGAAAGUAUUUGUUCGCCUUGAUAUAGAUACACUACCUGACCAUUUUAUUCUUCCAAGAUGGAGACAAGAAGCAAACAAAUUUAGGAUAAUGGAUUUUAAAAGUUUGGUGACAAAUGAUGGUAAAGAAGAAUCAGAGGCUUUACGACUUAGCCAUAUGUGUCAUCAAGCAACAAAGUUGGCUUGCAUUGCAGCAUCUUCAAAUGAGGCAUACACAACGUUUAUGGAAGCUAUAAAUGAAUUGUCCAAGAAACUGUCAGACAAUUCUACUCAGCAUGCAACAAUUCCUUCCUCAACAAUAGGUGAUCCAUGUAGUACUAAUAUUGAUUCCUCUCAAUUGUUGCUUUUGGACCCUAAUAUCUCACAAACUAAGGGUAGAAAGAAGGACAAUAUUAGCGGUUCAAAAAGGAUAAAAAGUGGUAUUGAGUUGGCUCAAAACAAGAAGAAAAGAAAGUGUGCAUUAUGCAAAAAGAUAGCACAACAUGACAAAAGAAAUUGUCCAUCAAAUCUGAAAAGAAGAAAGAAUGAAUCAACGAAUCUAUGCAAUGAAGAGUCAGAAGACUUGUGCCAAGAUAUGGAGAGUGAUGACCAAGAAUAUUGUUAAUCAGGGGGAAGCUCUUGUGUAUCUUUGACAUUGUCUUGCAUCAGGAAUAGUCUAUUAUGUUCAUUAGGGGGAAGCUCUUGUCUCAGUGGUGAUCAUUGGUCUUGUUAUCUCCAUAUAUGUGGCAUUACAUAGACAAAUGAUAUGAAUCUACGCUUUUUGGAUUAUGAUAU